AGUAAAGUUAAUGAGUGGAUAUUAAAGGCUGAUGAAGCUAGGUGCAUUAUCAUAAAGGUACACAGUUUCAGUCUGAAAACUUAUUUCAGCUGAAGUAGUCGCCCACUUCAGGAGCAAAAAGAACUCAACAUGGCAUGCAAACAUACUUCGACGAAGACCAUAUUGACGAUUGUCGAUGUGAUUAUUUUGCUUUUCGGCGCAGGAGUGUUCGCCGUGGGCCUAUUCUGGUAUGUGAAGGUGAAGGUGAUAUGGGACAUAUUCGGACAUUCCAGCAAAUGGAUGGCCGUCGCACUCAUGUUGGCUGGGCUGCUCGCGGCCGCCGUUGCCGCCCUGGGGGGCUAUGGCGCUAUCGCACAGAAAGUGUUUAUUCUGAUAAUUUUUAAAGCCCUAAUGAUUGCCCUGCUGGGUGCCAAGGUAGCAUGCGUGCUCUUAGUGUUCAUCAAGAAGGAAUGGUUUAUCAAACACGACUCGCAGAAGGGACCGGAAAAGUUCCAGAUGAUGUUUACGGCCUUCAUGGCUGGUAUGGCUGCUGCGGAGAUAACAGCUACUGUGUUUGCUUACAAUCUCAUACGUCACAUCAAAACAUGCCCCCAUGAAAAUGAAAACUAAGAAGAAUGAGAUAAUUUUUACAUCCUACAGCCUUAACUCGGACGAUUUAUAAGAAGUUCAUUAUUAUGAUUACCUAUAGAAUUAGUUCCUCGCAAUAAUUAAAUACCCAAACUCUAAUUACAAGUUAUCCUAAAAUAAGUUGUCUUUCACAAGUACCUAACACUACGCAAUAACCUAGGCCAGGUCGGCAAACAUUUGAGACGAAGAGCCAAUCGCAGUAGAAAUCACCAGGUUUUGGAAUACCAAUCAAAGAGCCGCAAUGUUGUUUUCUGGUCUAAGAACUCAAAAUGUGACUUUUUUAGUCGCUUGAAGAGCCGCAAUCCUAUCUCCAAAGAGCCGCAUACGGCGGCUCGCGAGCCGCGGUUUGACGACCCCUGACCUGGGCGACCGUCUGAGAUAAGUGUUUAAGUAUGUAUCAUACUCUAAAUUUAUUUACACCAGCAGCAGUAUUUGAAAUUAUUAAAUCUCAAUAUUUCUUAUUUUUAACACAAAGAACAAGCAUAAGAAAAUAAUAAAAACGAUUAAAAUACUAAAACACUUGAGACGCAAUUGUAUUUAAAGUUUUUAAGAACAUAAGUCUAUGUACGAGUGAAGUGAAAUGCACCGAGAUCGAUAUAAUGUUGGUGUCAAAUUUUUAAUAUCUCCUCUUUAACACUCUCAAGGGCGAAUCAGAAACGGAAAUUCUAGCAAAUAUGUCUACACUUUCUGGUUUAUUAUAUUGGAUUUGAAAUUAAAAUAAAUUUUA